AUGGAUUUGCCGCCGGGAUUCCGAUUUCGUCCCACCGAUGAAGAACUCAUCACACACUUCUUAUCAAAGAAGGCUCUGGACAACGAUUUCUCGGCCAUUUCAAUUGGAGAAGUUGAUCUGAACAAGGUUGAACCAUGGGAGUUGCCUUGGAAAGCGAGAAUAGGGGAGACAGAAUUGUAUUGUUUCUGCGUGAAGAAUAAGAAGUAUCCGACUGGUUUAAGGAGCAGCAACAGAGCUACGGCGAAUGGAUAUUGGAAAACAACCGGGAAAGACAGUGAGAUUUUCCGGGGAAGUUUGUUGAUCGGAAUGAAGAAAACUCUGGUGUUUUACAUGGGUAGGGCACCUAAUGGAGAGAAAUCGAAAUGGAUUAUGCAUGAAUAUCGUCUUGAAGGAGAAAUACAAAGCAGCUACGAAUGGGUGAUUGGUAGUUUUCACAAGACUGCCAGUGCCAGAGGAAAAUUAAUACCCAUCUCAGAUUUAUUUCGAAUCAUGGCCGUGGCAAAGUCAGUCAGUACUCAUAUAGUAGACAUAUUAAGUUUCACCUUCUAA